AUGCCAUAUCUUCUCAUCAACACACUACUCCGCCUGGUGACGGGUCCAACAAUGGUUGGUGAUGAGUUUUCAGACCCAUCCAUAAUAAACUACUUAGGAGCCAGAAAGACCAACAAAUUGGGGAACAACUUUUGGGAGUACCAUGUGGACGAGCCUCCCCGGGUGGUUCUGGACAAGCUGGAGAAGGUGGGCUUCUCUGUGGUGACCAUGACAGGCGUGGGGUAAACACUGGUUUGGUGUCUAAACAAGGACACCAUCAUGUGAAAGUUGUUACUAACCACUUGGUCUCGCUGCAACAAUGCAUGAGUGUUUUCACCAGUCAGUUAGACUUGUACUACUGCAUUCACUGUGUGUUUGUUGAUUGGAGGGGUG